AUGGCGCUGCUGUACCGCGCCACGCGCCUGCGCGACCGCGGCGACACGCAUGUGUUCACCUUCGUGGUCACGCGCAGUGCCACUAGAGAACCAGACCGUGAUGUGACGAGCAAAGACUUCGGGUGCGCGCAUCAGAGAUGGGCGGUCGCUUUCAAUCGCUCCGCUGACGCUUCACUAGGCGUAUACCUGGUAUGGCGCGGCGCGUGCGAGGGCAUGCGCGUCUACGUCGACUUCACCUUCACACUCCUCAGUCGCGACCACUUCACCGCGAAUGAGGGCUUCUCGGGCAAGCAGGUCCGCUUCAGCUCGGGCUGCGCGGCGCAGGGCCGCGGCCGCUGCGUCACCCUCGCCGAACUUAACUCGAAAUUCGCGGACGCUCGCGGCGAGUUCCAACUCGAACUCUGCAUGUCUCGCGUCCGCACUUUCUACUCCUGUGAACUCAGGGCGCCGCGCAUCGACACUCCGCCUAUCGCCUUCGCUGGUUUCGAUUGGACCGUCGCCGUAAACGGAUGGACCAAGGAACCGUUGUCACUCAGACUUGUGCGACUUUCAGGAGAAGGACAGCAAUGCCGCGUCAGAUACGCGCUGGCUCUAGGUGAGGGCGAAAGAAGAGUGCAAUCCGGCGUUCUGGAAACCGUCUGUGAUGCUGAGGGAAGGACACCACCUUGGACGCCACGGCCUCCACCUCGCCCUGUACACAAAGGCCUGCGGUUGACUGUGGAGCUGAUCCACGCCCGCGCUUUAGCUGAUCUUUCAGUAGCGGCGGCGGGCCGAGCAGUAACAUGCUAUGACCGUGACAAGCAAGCAUGGGCUCUCCGCUGCGACACGCACUCUGACACUGUGCGACUUCACAUGCUUUAUCGAGACGUGCACAACGUGCCACGCAACCAUUUGCGCUACGUGAGCUGGUCUGCGUGGUUGGUGCGCGCAAAUCCAGCAGCCGGGGAGUCAGACGCUGAAGAACUCCCCGGGGCUCCCUUCUCUCACUACUACGCCCAGGACAGCGCCGACGAAGGCCUAAUGAUGGAGACGGCGCUCCGCGUUGAGGAGAUCUCGCACCCUGGGUGUCCUUUCUUGCACGCGGGCGGUGAGCUUCGCGUUCGGCUCGAGUGGGGCGAGACGUAUCUACUGUUUCAGGCUACUUACCAUAUCUAUGAUGAUCUUUGUCGUCUUCAGGCGCAUCAGAUGAGACGCGAAAUCACUGCUCUUCAAGCGGAGAACUACUCUCUAGAGCGGCAGCUGUUCAGUUACCAGAAGAGCUUGGCGUAUGCCCAGGCGCAGGCGGGCGCGGAGGGCGCGCCCCCGCCCGAGGGCGAGGGGCGCCGCUCCCCCGCAGAGCGCUCCCUCUCCACCGACACCGAGUACGCGUGAACACCGCUACAUGGCGACACUCGUUAUACCGAGUACACGUGAACGCCACUAGAUGGCGACACUCGU